AUGGGGGAGGUCGCCGCGGAGCUUCUGUACAACAUGGCGCCGCUAGCUCUGUCCGGCGCCGGCGGAUUGGAGGUCGGAAGCUGUACGCCGCUGCUCGCGGAGCUCAGGCAACUGUGGGGGGAGAUAGGAAAGAGCAGGGAGGAGAGGGAGCGGAUGGUGCACGAGCUGGAGGCGGAGUGCAUGCGGGUGUACCGCCGCAAGGUCGACGAGGCCACCGGCGAGAGGGCGCUGCUGCACCAGUCGCUCGCCGCCAGCGAGGCCGAGAUCGCCGCGCUCACCGCCGCCCUCGGCGCUGAAAACAGUACCCAGUUCAAGGUGAACAAAUGGACCGUGUCGCUGAAUGAGCGGAUGUUGUCUGCGACGGCUCUGCUGGAAGAACUGAGGACGAUGAGAGCAGAACGGAGCAAGCAGUUCGCCGACAUUCGGGCGGAGAUCGAGAAGAUCACGGCGGAAAUUGCAGGCAGGAGCCACGGCUACGACUCCUCCCCCAGGGCCGGCGACGGCCAUGACCUCACAGUCAGGAGGCUGAACGAGCACAAAGCACGCUUGUCGAAUCUUCAGAAAGAAAAGUCGGAUCGUCUUCACAAGGUCCUGGAGCACGUGACGGAGGUGCACUCCCUGUGCGACGUGCUGGGCGAGGACUUCAUCGCCAUCGUGAACGAGGUCCACCCGGGGCUGCACGAGGCCGACCCCGGCAAGCCCACCAGCAUCAGCGACACCACGCUCACCAGCCUCUCCCAGGUCGUCGCCAUGCUCACCUCCGAGAAGACCAAGCGAACAGCCAUGCUUCGAGAAGCCGUGCUGCCGCUGGUGGAGCUGUGGGACCUGAUGGACUCGCCGGAGGAGGAGCGGCGGGGCUUCAGGAAGGCGGCGGCCAUUCUAAGGCCUGCCAAGGACGAGGCGCUCUCGUCCGGCGUGCUGUCCAUGGCGAGCAUAAAGAAGACGGGGGAGGAGGUGGAGAGGAUGACGAGGCUCAAGGCCGGCCGGAUGAAGGAGCUCGUGCUCAAGCGGAGGCUGGAGCUGGAGAACAUCUGCCGGAGCAUGCACGUCGAGCCCGAUGCCAGCACCGUGCCGGAGAAAUCCAUCGCCCUGAUCGACUCCGGCCUUGUGAACCCCUCUGAGCUGAUGGCCAGCAUCGACGACCAGAUUGCGAAGGCCAAGGAGGAGCACCAGUCCAGGAAGGACAUCAUGGAGAAGAUCAACAAGUGGCUGCUGGCCUGUGAUGAAGAGAAAUGGCUCGAGGAGCACAACUUGGAUGAGAACAGAUUCAACACUGGCAGGACUGCACGUCAGAACCUGAAACGCGCUGAGAAAGCGAGGGUCAUCAUCAUGAAGAUUCCAGCUAUUGUUGAUAACCUGAUAAGUCGAACACUGGCAUGGGAGAGCGAGAGAAAGAAGCCUUUUCUGUACGACGGGGCUCGCCUAGUGGCCGUGUUAGAAGAGCACAAGCAAGCCAGGCUAAUGCAGGAAGAGGAGAGGAGGCGACUCAGGGAGCAGAAGAAGCUGCGGACUCUGUUCAGCGAGAAGGAGGCGAUGCCACGCCUGAAGAGAUCCGGCGGCAGCUUCAGCAGGACGCCGGAGCCGAGCGCCAUGAACCGCAAGAGGGUCGAGGCCGCCAGGCUCACGUGCUCCGCCCCGUCUAUGCGCAGCAGCGGCACCAGCAGCAGCGGGUCGAGCUGCGGCGGCGGAGGUCGUUCUUCGGCCGAGCUCGUCAGGCCGCGGUCGUCGGCGGCGGGGGCCGGGCACUGCGGCGAGUUCCUGCAGGGCGCGAGGCGGCUCUCGUCAACGGCGUCGUUCAACUACGUUGCCGUAUCCAAGGGAGGCGGCAUGUCUUCUUCGUUCGCGGCAGCGUCCUGAUUCUGUCGCAGCUGCCGGCUUUCUCUCAUCUUGUUCUUUGACAGAGAAAUCGUUUAGGAUUGUGCAUUGCAGUGAAUUUGGUUGAUUUCAUAGUGAUCAUGUUUUUUGUUACGGUGGUCUUGUUAAUGCGGCCGAUGUUCCUUCAUCACCGAGUGUUCGUGUGUAAA